AUGGCUAGAUACGACUGGCAGCGCCUUACCGAACCUCAUUUGCACGGACGGGCAAAUGCUGUGAAUAACGUGCCACCUCCGGACCCCAGCUGGUUUGUAAAUGAGGAACCAGACAUUCCCCCACCGAUUCGCCAUGACCUGGCACCAAAGAAGGCUCCCAUUUGGGUCAAGAAGGAGAGUUUCCCUUCGUUGAAAGGUUCCGGGGCACCGCGUAAGGUAGCCGACCCUCCUCCAAACAAGAGGAAUUCGGUGGCUAGUCUGCGAAUUAUCGACCAUCCUCCAAACAAGAAGCAAUCGGUAGCUGGGCCGCGAGUAGCUGGUCCUCGAGUAACUGGUCCCCGAAUGGCUCUUGAACUGUUGUUAGACACAGUAGGGCCGACAGAGAUGACAGAUGAGGAAGAGCCAACAGAGACCGAAGAGCCAACAGAGACCAAAAAGCCAACAGGCAAUGAGAUAAAGGGUAAAAGGGGAGGACGCAAGAAAUGGAAUCUUGUAUCACUCAAAUAA